GCAUACAAGCAUAAUGAAUAUGCAAUAAUCAAAAGACAAUUGUCCAAGGAUUAUGAAGUGGGAUAUGAGUGAUUUACCAGAAGCGUUGGCACGAACACCAUUGGAAUCCCUUAAUCCAGAAAUGGUAAAGGAUGCAGAAUUGGAGCCCAUCAACGAGAAAGAGAAAAAGUUGUUGCAUUUUCUUGAACAAAUUGAAAAUAAGAGUGAUGUGAAGGAUGAUGAUGCUCGGGAGUGCAGCUUGGACGACGAUGGAUCGAAAUUUGAGAAGGACGAGGGGGUUGAGGAGACUAACAAUGAUACCAACAACCUAAUUUCCGACCUACUCAAAGAAAUUGACAGGUUGAAGGAAGAAUCGAAGGAAAAGGACAGAGUAAUUCAAACUUUGCAACAAAAAAUAGCUGAACUUGAAAGGGACCAUGUACUGUAUGAAGACGCCGCUGAGCAAAUGUUUGACUAUGAAACAGAAGUCAGGACGGUACAUGAUGAAAAGGGUAUCCUGCAGGAAGAAAUUGUGCAAAAGGAGGUUGAACUAGAAGGUUUGUACGUCAGCAACGACUUAUUAGAGGAAAAACUUGAAAAAUCUGAAAAAGACAAAGCAAGUUUCGAAGAUGGCCUAGAUGACAUGGUAACCCAUAUGGUUACACAAGAAUACCACGACAAAGAAGAAGACAAAGAGAAAAUGCAAGAAGAGGAGCAGAGCAAGGAAGGAGAAGUUGAACAAACUAUCAGUGAAAGAGUUGAGAUAGCAACUGGAUUGCAUGAUGAAAUUUUGUCUGACGAAGUCAUUGACAAAACAAUCUCCCAAAUCUUCAAAGACACACAGGAAGGAGAAAGGAAAGAACAAAAGAAAAGGAAGAGAGAACAAGAUGAUAUUGACCCGUCGUCAAUGGUAAAAGAUCUGAAGGGCAAAGAUGACAGAACAGUGAAGAUGGAGGAAGGGUUCAUCUACUAUAAUAGAAACCAGAAGGAAAGAAAGAAAAGCAAUUCUACAUUUGAAAUGACAAAGCUGUUCAAUUACAUUUCGGAGGAAGAUAUGGAUCUACUAGAUACGAUUUAUGAAUUUGAGAAAGAAGACAAAAAAGCUUUCAUCUGGCACAACCCAGUCAACAAUGAUACAGUUACAAUCGAAGACGUCCUGAAUCUGUUGAACGAGGGUGAUAUUGGAAACACGUGCAUUGAUGGGCUCACUCACAUUUUGGAAAGACAGGAAGAAAAGACAGCAAAAACACAGGGGAACUGCUUCUACAUUACAUCCACCUGUUGGACACUAAUCAAAGAAAAAGCUGAUGCAAGAACAAACUUAAUCAACGAAAAGCUGAAAGAACUAGACAAAGUUAUCGACAUAAAUGGUGUUGCAUUCUACAAAUAUCUCAUAUUCCCGAUGAAUUCAAUGGGAGGCAGAAAAGUGAAAGCUCCUGAUCAUUGGACUCUUCUGGUCUACGAUACUUCCAAGCAACAAUGGAUGCACUACAAUUCUUUGACGAUGCCCAAGAAAAAGAAGGAUCCUUACUUGACAGAUGCCUCCAUUGUGAAAGAGUACGUGGAAGAGCAAAUGAGGAAGUUGACUCUUAGUAAACCACCAAGCUUUGAACUCAUUUCUACACCUAAACCAACACUGUUUCCAACCAACACACUCAGUGCUCCAAUAAGCUCCAUUGAUGAUGCGCCUCAGCAACAACAUGGAUCGUAA